CGCGCAGCUCGGGGCGGAGAGACGGACCCCGCGUAGCUGCGGGACCCUGUGUGGGGCCGGGGCCUACGAGCCAUGCUGUCCCCUCCGGCCGUGGUGCUCCACCCGUACAGCCUGCCCGUGUACCCGCAGGUGCCCCAGUGCUACCCGGGCCUGGUUCAGGGUAGCCAGGAUGCCGCUGCCCCCGCCGACCCCAUGACUCAGACGUACCCGGCUCCGUACCCCCCGGCCCCGGCCCGGUUGCCCCCACCCUUCCGCCCGCCCGGCGCCCUGCAGGACUACCCGCCGCAGACCCCCGCCGAGCACGGGCUGUGCCUCUACCCGGCUGGCCAGCCCCCCCCGGAGCACGCCGCCCCGCCGGAGCCCCUGGUGCCAGCCCUGCCUCCUCCCCCCGCGCCAGCCGAGGAGAGUCCCGCGGCCGCCCUCACCCCAGAUGGCCAGGAGGCAGAGAGCGAAGACAGCAAAUCCCAGCCCAAGCGGCUGCACGUCUCCAACAUCCCCUUCCGCUUCCGUGACCCCGACCUGCGGCAGAUGUUUGGGCAAUUCGGGAAGAUCCUAGACGUGGAAAUCAUCUUCAACGAACGCGGCUCCAAGGGUUUCGGCUUCGUGACCUUCGACAGCAGCCAGGACGCGGACCAGGCGCGAGAGAAGCUGAACAGCACAGUUGUGGAGGGCAGGAAAAUCGAGGUGAACAACGCCACGGCCCGUGUGGUCACCAAGAAGCCUCCGGCAGCGCCUGCAGUGAACGGUUGGAAGCUCAAUCCCUUGGUUGGUGCUGUCUACGCCCCCGACCUCUACACAGUGGCCACCAUCCCCUACCCGAUGGUGGCCCCGGCGGCGCUGGCCUAUCGCGGGGGCCUGCGGGGCCGUGGCCGAGCCAUCUACAGCCCGAUCCGGGCAGCUCCCGCCCCGUCGCCCGUCCCUGCCUACGGGAGUGUGGUAUACCCGGACGGGCUAUAUGGCACCGACGUCUAUGGCUAUGCAGCUUACCGUGUGGCACAACCCCCUGGGGCAGCGGCCGCGGCGGCGGCGUACACCGACGGGUACGGCCGGGUCUACACCACAGCGGAUCCUUACCACCACGCCGUCAGUCCAGCCUACGGCGUCGGGGCCAUGGCCAGCCUGUACCGCGGCGGGUACAACCGCUUCACGCCGUACUGAGGAACCAGGGGCUGCGCAGGCCGGCGGCCGUGACGGGAAGGGGCCUGGGGAGUGGAGUCUGAGAUCUCGGUGUGGAUAGCGACGGGCACGUCCCAUCGAGUCCCCUGCUCCCAACACGGACGGUUCUAGCACCCCAGACCCGUUACCCAGAAUCCCCUGGGGGGAACCCCGCCUGGCACCAGCACCGUGUUACCCAGAAUCUGCUGUGGGGGGGCACCUGGUCCCCGUGUCCUGUUACCCAGAUCUUGCCUGGCCCCGGUCCCCUGGCCAUAGAGACAAUGGGGUGGUACGUCAGAGAGGGGAACACUGCUGCCCCCCAGGCAGUGGAGACGAGGGUGAAUUUGGCCAGUGUUUAAUAUCGGAUCCCUGCGUCACAUCCGGGGCAGGAUGGUGCUGGGUGACCUCACCCCUUUCGUUCACGGGAAAGGGGGGUUUGGCCUUUUCAAUCAGUGGUCCUCAACCGUCCCCGACGACCGUACCCCGUUCAGGACUCUGAUCUGUCUUGCCUCCCCCCCCACGUUUCACCCCUCUUAAAAACGACGUCAGCCUCAUGCAUGUGCUCGCACCAGGGCUUAAAUUCAGCCGCUGCUGUCCGGAGCGGAGCUCUGGGCAAUAUUUUCCAACCCCCUGGAGUUUGUAUAGCAGGUUGGGGCACGGGAGGCAUUGGGAGGAGGGAAAUACUCUCUGAGAGUUUUAGCCCUGGCUUGCACGCAUGAGUGAAUGGCACCAAACGCGUGUCUCAUACAGUGCGAAUCCACACGGGACGUUACCGGAGAAUAUAGUCUACGGAGCAGUCAAACCAGGCCUCGUCUGUAUGAAAUUUGAAUGAUUUGGCUGGUGCUUUUUGUGUCACCUAUUGUAAAACUGGACAACUAUGUAGAUGAGCUGACGGACCCAUGGGGGGACCUCCGCAUACCCCCCUCGUUGGGAGCCACUGCCACGGAAAAAAGAAAACCCGGGGAAAUUCUAAACCUGGGGCUGUUCCCAGGAUCGUGGUCAGAGGCCUCAGGCAGCCGCUAAGCAGGGAAGGUGAGACUGAAUCUCGCCCCUGGGCUCAGGGACCCGACGUUGACCGAAUUCCUUUUCCAACUAGCGCCCGUCUCUCUCAGCGCCCUACCCCGCCUCUCUCCAUUUCUCUGCAGCUUUCUCGUUCCCCGCAAUGCUCCUGUCUCCUGCAUGCAUCCUGCGCUCUUUCAGCUCCGCACUGGUGCCGCGGGGGGGUCUUCUGUGCUCAGCAAACACUCGGCUGGGGGCCUGUCCCAGGCCGGGCUUGCACGGAAAGCAGGUUGAGCUGUGAGCUCUUUGAACCGUGGCGGAUCUCAGGGCAUGAGCGCGGCCUCGCCCCAGCGCGGUCUCUCAGGGAAAGCGCUCGACUGCCAAAGCCUCUCUCCUUUCCCCGUUUUCUUGUGCUGUAAUAAAGCUCUGUCCUCGGCUCUGCUCUCCGGCCUUUCGCUUUCACGCUCUGGCUCUCUCGUGCUGCGUUUCUGUCUCUUCCCUCCUGCGGCUGGUUCCUGGCAGGGCUGCGGGGCCCCGGGCAGUACAGCGAGGCCAAUCCUCCAGCAGCUCGGUGCCCGUGGGCGGGCGCAGCCCCCGCUGCCCUGUGCCACCUGGGAGAAGGACCCGGCUCGUGGCAGGAUGGGGGGGUGAGAUGUAGGGUCCCCCCUGGCCCAAGCUGCCCCGGUUGCAUGGAGCAGGAAGGUCACAUGGUCAACCGGGACGGACCCCGUCCCCAGUGUAGGGCCCCUGGCUGCAUCGCGCCCGUCGGUGCCCCAUCCCGGCUGGGUUUGCCCCAUGGGCCUGCCGCAGUGAGGUUGCCUCUGUGGGCCUGGAGGCUCAGACCCAUGGCGAGCUCUACACCCUCCUGCCCCAUGGGGUCACUGACUGCAGCCCCCCCACCCCCGCAGUGAGGGCCUGGCCUUUCUCAUCCUGCCCUCCAGCGAGGGGGACCAGCUGUCCCGUCUUUAAAGGGACGGUCCCGUUUUUGUGACUUUUUCUCAUAUAGACGCCUAUUAUCGUGUGUGUGUGUGCGAGAGAGAGAGACAAAGGCAAGGGCGGCUCGGGGUCUUUCUCCCCUUUGCUCCCCCGGCGGCUUGCGCUAGCUCUCGCUCUCUUUAGCUCCGGCCCCUUUGCUCGCCCGUUCCUUUCGCUCGCCCAGCUGCAGCCACUUGCUCGUGCGCUCUCUCGCUCGCUGAGCCCUGCUCGCGCCUGGCUUCUCAUCCCAGCGCUGGCCGUGCAAUCUCGCCCCCGGCGCCCCUCUCCCUCGCCGGCUCGCUUGCCCCGACACGCUCCUUGCUCGUCCAGCCCGGCUCUUGCUCGCUUGGCUCUGCCCUCACCCGCCCUUUGCUCACCCUGCCGGGCUGGCUCGUUUCUGGCCCCACCGGCGCUUACAUCGGCCUGUCAUGUCGCUCGGGGUGAUGUAGCCCGGCCUGGGGCUCGCUGCCUCUCCCUGCGCUCGCCGGCUGCUCAGAUGCUGUCUCCUGCCACGAUCCCUCUCUCCCCCCUGCGCCGCCUUUUACGUCCCCCGGGCUCACGCCUUUGCCGGCCUGGCUCCUCGCGCUCUGGCUCCUGCGCCGCUGUUUGCUUGCCUGGCUGCGCGCUCGUGUUCGCUCUUGCUUGCUUGUCAAUCUCUCGCUGGCCCCUUUGCACAAGCGCUCGCUUGCUCUGCCCUGCUUGCUGCUCGCGCGCGCUCUCCUCUGCUUGCUCCUCGCACGCUCUCU